CUCGUUUGAAUCUCUCUUCCAUCCCUCAACGUUUUGGUCUCUCUCUAUCUCAUCACUGGUCGAAUUUCAAACCCUAGGACUGCAAGUGCACUUGUGAUGGCUUCAAAACGCAUUACUAAGGAGUUGAAGGACCUACAGAAGGACCCUCCUGUUUCCUGCAGCGCUGCAGGCCCUGUUGGUGAAGACAUGUUUCAUUGGCAAGCAACAAUUAUGGGUCCAGCAGACAGUCCUUAUGCUGGUGGUAUAUUCCUAGUGACCAUUCACUUCCCACCAGAUUAUCCAUUUAAGCCUCCAAAGGUCUCCUUCCGAACGAAGGUAUUUCACCCUAACAUAAACAGCAAUGGAAGUAUCUGUCUUGACAUUCUGAAAGAGCAGUGGAGCCCUGCUCUUACAGUUUCCAAGGUGCUACUGUCAAUUUGUUCCCUGCUGACAGAUCCUAACCCCGAUGACCCUUUGGUCCCUGAUAUUGCUCACAUGUACAAGACUGACAAGGCCAAGUACGAGAGUACUGCCCGUUCUUGGACUCAGAAAUAUGCCAUGAAAUAGGAGAUAUGCUUAUGGUUGGUUCUAUGUGUAAAUAAAGUUGUGGGGAUGUCGGUUGGUAUAUACAAACAAAUAUUGUGCUUCCGCAUCGAUUUUAUAAUAAUUCAAACAAAUGUUUAAGUCUAAGGGGGUGUUUGGUUCAAGUUAUUUAAAAAUUUUCCUAUGCAUCUCACUUUGGUCUUUUGAGAUCACCAUGUUUGGUUCAAGAUAUUGAAUAAUUUCCCCAUCUAAUAUAUUUC